AACGUCAACAAUCGUCCCUCGAAGCUCCCCAACAACAAACUCAUCACACCCGGGAGCAAGAUGAACAGCACCGAACUGACAACGUCCCUAAACUUUCUCUACGAUGCAGGACAUCUCCUAGCGAUCACAGCGCCCGAAACGUCGGCAUACCUAAUGGGCCGGCGCAACGACCUGAUGCUUGAGCACGAGCUGACCCUAUCGGACAAGCACCGGCAACAUGUCUGCAGUUGUUGCGGCCGCAUCAUGCUCCUUGGCCAAGGAAGACCCAAGGGAAAAGGGCUGCAAAAGCCUCGUCCGCAGACGAGCCUAGGACGCAUGAAAGUUGUCACCUGCGAUCUUUGUGGCAGGCUAACAAAUGUUGGAAACGAGCGCGUCUCUGUCCAGCGCCGCCCAGGAGACGGCAUCCCAAAAGACAACAUCCAACGCCAGCAGCAAAAAGCGAGCCAAGUCUAGGAAAGCUGGGUUGCAGGCUUUGUUGAGUCAAUCCAGCGCCUCACGAAACACGGGCCCUGGGCUCGGUCUGAGUCUUGCCGAUUUCAUGCAAAAGCU